AAAAGAGAUCCGUUUGCCGUGUGUUCAGCGUUCCGUUGUGAUUGCGAGAAAACGCCAUUAUUUUAGCGGUUUCCUGUAGGCUUGAGAAUAAUGAUUUGCUCGAAAUAAGUAACGAAGUAUCAGAAGACAUUGUAAGAGCUAGGAAAGAGAAACGUUUGUGUCUGUGAUGUGCCAUUCGGCGUUCUCAACGCUGAUGGAUGUUCUGUGUUCAUAAGAUUUUCUGAUAUCCCCUACGACGCUACCAGAGGAUUUGUAUUUUUAUCAAUAAAUCUCUCAAGUUCGACGAUAACAAGCACAUAUAGGGUGAAUUUUCGAAAGGCAGGUGCUCGCAUAAACUGGCGUCCCCUUGCUCCUUCGGCCAAUUAGAUGGCGGCAUUUUCCCGCCAUAUAUUGACAAAAUUAUUAGGACGUGUAAAACGACAAUUUAACAAAAUGAGUUCUACUGUUCAAAAUGGUAGUGGCGAUGGCGGUUCUAAAAAGAAAACCAUCGAAGGCAUUUAUCAAAAGAAAUCUCAGCUGGAGCAUAUUUUGCUACGGCCUGACACAUACAUUGGUUCUGUUGAACCAGUUACUGAAUUGAUGUGGAUAUAUGAUAAAGAAAAGGAAAUGAUGAUUCAACGAGAGAUCAGCUAUGUUCCUGGACUUUAUAAAAUAUUUGAUGAAAUACUUGUCAAUGCGGCUGAUAAUAAACAGCGUGAUUCACAUAUGGAUAUGAUAAAAAUAGAUAUAGAUUCAGAGAACAAUACCAUAUCUGUAUGGAAUAAUGGCAAAGGUAUUCCUGUUGUUAUACACAAGGAAGAAAAUAUGUAUGUACCAACAAUGAUAUUCGGACAUCUCUUAACCUCAUCAAAUUAUGAUGACGAGGAGGAGAAAGUAACUGGUGGCAGAAAUGGCUACGGAGCAAAAUUGUGCAAUAUUUUCAGCCACCGUUUUACAGUCGAAACGGCCUCUAAGGAGUAUAAGAAAAGUUUAAAACAAACCUGGGGAAACAAUAUGGGAAAAGCAAGCGAACCAAGAAUUAAAGAAUUUUUCGGCGAGGAUUUUACUAAAGUCACUUUUUCACCAGACCUGACAAAAUUCAAAAUGCAAUCUCUUGAUGCCGACAUAGUGGCAUUAAUGUCCAGGCGAGCGUUUGACGUAGCUGCUUCCACAAGGGGUGUAAAGGUUUUCCUAAAUGGCACAAGAGUUCCUAUUAAGAAUUUCAAGGAUUACGUCGAUCUUUACAUCAAGGGCAAAGAGGACGACAUUGGAAAUCCACUGAAAGUCGUCUAUGAAUCUGGCGGUCCACGAUGGGAAGUGGCUGUAACAUUGUCAGAUAAAGGCUUCCAGCAUAUGUCCUUUGUCAACAGUAUCGCUACAACGAAGGGUGGCAGACAUGUGGAUCACGUUACAGACAUAAUUGUAAAGCAGCUGACAGAAACCAUAAAGAAGAAAAACAAGGGUGGAGUCGCCGUCAAGCCAUUCCAAAUAAAAAAUCAUUUAUGGGUUUUUGUUAAUUGUCUCAUUAAUAAUCCAACGUUUGACUCUCAGACCAAAGAGCACAUGACUCUACAGGCAAAGAGUUUCGGUUCCAAAUGUGUGCUUCCCGAGAAAUUCAUUACGAACAUUACAAAAAUUGGUAUCGUCGAAGCUGUACUUACGUGGGCCAAGUUUAAGGCAGACAGUCAACUCCAAAAAUUAGGACCCAAGUCUAAACAAAGAAAGCUUCAAGGUAUACCGAAACUUGAGGAUGCCAAUGACGCCGGUACGGCUAAAUCCUUGGAUUGUACGUUAAUCCUUACCGAGGGAGAUUCGGCUAAAACAAUGGCCGUGUCUGGCCUCUCCGCCAUAGGCCGUGAUAAAUACGGAAUCUUUCCACUUAGAGGUAAAAUUUUAAACGUGCGUGAAGCAACUCACAAACAGAUUUUAGAAAACGCUGAGAUCAACAAUCUCAUAAAAAUCCUUGGGCUUCAAUACAAGAAGAAGUACGAGACCAGAGAAGAUCUGAAAACACUCCGUUACGGAAAAAUGAUGAUAAUGACAGAUCAGGAUCAGGAUGGUUCACACAUCAAAGGUCUUUUGAUCAAUUUCAUUCAUCACAACUGGCCGUCACUAUUGAAACUCGAUUUCGUCGAAGAGUUCAUCACUCCCAUUGUGAAAGCAACCAAAGGAAGUCAGCAGCUAUCGUUCUUCUCUCUACCGGAAUUCGAAGCGUGGAAAAAAGAGACGCAAAACUAUCAUACGUACAAGAUCAAAUACUACAAAGGUUUGGGUACGUCCACUGCCAAAGAGGCAAAGGAGUACUUCGAGAAUAUGGCCAGACACAGGAUCCGGUUUACAUACAAAGGAGAUGAAGACGAUCAGAACAUCAUAAUGGCUUUCAGUAAGAAAUGCGUCGAUCAACGUAAAGACUGGCUGACCAAUCACAUGGAGGAGACAAAGAGGCGAAAGGAGAUCGGUCUUGGCGAGAAAUACCUAUAUGAAAAGAAUACGCGAGCUGUGUCUUUUUCGGAUUUCAUAAAUGUAGAAUUAGUUCUCUUCAGUAACUACGAUAACGUGCGUUCCAUUCCAAAUAUGAUAGACGGUUUUAAGCCAGGUCAAAGAAAAGUCUUGUACACGUGUCUAAAACGUAAUGACAAACGUGAAGUAAAGGUAGCACAGCUGGCAGGAUCAGUUGCCGAACACUCGGCGUACCAUCACGGUGAAAUGUCACUUAUGGCUACUAUAAUUAAUCUGGCUCAGAAUUUCGUUGGCAGUAAUAAUAUCAAUGUGCUUCAACCCAUUGGUCAGUUUGGUACCAGAUUGACGGGUGGUAAGGAUUCUGCAAGUCCUCGAUACAUUUUCACAAUGCUCAGUCCUCUGGCACGUCUCAUCUUUCACAAGCACGAUGACGCUCUCUUGAAACACGAGUACGACGAUAACCAAAAAAUUGAACCUGUUCAUUAUCUGCCAAUCAUUCCAAUGGUACUUGUCAAUGGAGCUGACGGAAUUGGUACUGGAUGGAUGACAAAGAUUCCGAAUUACAAUCCUAGAGAAAUUGUCGAUAAUUUAUUAAGAAUGAUGGACGGUGGUGAUCCUAAGCCAAUGAUUCCGCACUACAAAAACUUCAAAGGUUGCAUAGAGAGCUGUGGAGAUUACAGAUACGUUAUCAGUGGAGAAGUGUCAGUUAUAGGACCUGACAAAAUUGAGAUUACUGAACUUCCCAUUGGCACUUGGACUCAAACGUACAAGGAAUCCGUUCUGGAACCCAUGUUACAUGGUUCCGAGAAAAUUCCUGCCAUAAUUACUGAUUAUAAGGAGUACAACACGGACACUGCAGUUCACUUCAUAGUAAUGAUGAAUCAAGAUAAAUUACUUGAUCUUGAGCGAGAUGGUCUUCAUAAGGCUUUCAAACUGCAGACAACCACAAGUAUAACGUCUAUGUGCGCAUUCGAUGAGAAUCUUUGCCUGAAGAAGUACGACAAUGUUUUGCAAAUAUUGAAAAGUUUUUUCAAAGUACGACUUGAGGGCUACCACAAGCGAAAGGAUUACCUAGAGGGGAUACUGCAGGCGGAAGCAUCGAAACUUUCUAAUCAAGCUAGAUUUAUCUUGGAGAAGUGCGACGGCGACCUGGUGAUAGAGAACAAGAAGAAGCUUGAUAUGAUAGCUGAACUCGUCAGACGAAAUUACGACUCCGAUCCCGUGAUGGUUUGGAAAUUGAGUCAGAAUCGUGAAGAAGUCUUGGAGUGGCAAGAAGAGGCAGUUGAAAAUGCUGAUGGCGAAGUAGACGCACCGACUAUAGAAAAGGAAAACUAUGAUUAUCUACUUGGGAUGACUAUGUGGAGUCUAACUAAGGAACGAAAGGAUGAGCUGCUACGUCAGCGAGAUGAAAAGAUUUCUGAACUGAAAAGGCUACAGAUUCGAACGCCUGUAUCCCUUUGGAAGGAGGACUUGAAUAAUUUCCUGGAGGAAUUGAACAAAAUUGAAGAGAAGGAAAGAAAGGAGGAAGAGAAGUUCAAGAAGAACACUAAGAAACCACCAACCAAAUUUUACAAGAAUGACUCCACCAGGCGAAUCCAACCGACCAUUGAUUCUGAUUUGAAAAAGAAAAUAGAGAAAGCAGACAUCGUUGUCAAGGAUAAGAAGGAUGGAGUGAAGAAAGCUCCCAGAACGAAAAAGGAGGUCGUAGAGGAGAAAGAUGAGUUCGAUGUUCUUGUCGAGGGUAACGCAAAACCGCUUGACGACAGACUUGGAAAUUCCCCGGAGAAGAUUGAGAAGAAAAUCACUAACAAAAAGAAUUUGAAACAAUCUACACUGUCGUUCAAGCCUGUUAAAAAAGGUGAUAAGAAAAAGGAUAAAGAUAAGGAUGAUAGCGAUGAAAUGGAUGAUAUUAAUUUCGACAGCAUUUCACCACCACCGACACGUCCUACGCGCAGAAAAGCUGCUGCUGCCAAAAUAAAUUACACGUUGAGCAGCGAAGAAGAGGAUACUGACCAGCACAUUGAAUUUUCGUCCGAUUCCGAACAAGAGCGACGACCGAAAAAGAAGACGGCACCGCCUGCCACAGUAAUAAAUAGCGAUUCCGAUGAUGGUUUUAAAAUUGACAAAAAGGCGCCACCACCAAAACCAAGUUCCGAAGAACUCUUCGAUUCUCUAAUCAACAAUUCCAAACCCAGUCCCAGUAAAGUCAUAGCUAUAACUUCGGACGAAGAAUCAUCAGUGAAAUCAACACCACCGAAGAAAUCAGCCGCCCCAAAGAAGAAAGCAGAAAACGGUGGUAGCAAAGGCGUGAAGAGGAGAUUGAAAAAGAAGUCAAAGUCAUCUGAUUCCGACUCGGAAGACAUAUUCGACAUGAAAGUAGCCUCGUCCUCGCAGCAGGUAAAGAAGAGAAAGAAGAAAGAAUCACAGACAGACGAGGACAUAAUCGAAGAGUCGCCGCCAAUAAGGAAGACGGCGAGUCGCGCCCGGAAACCAGUAUCCUAUGCACUUAAUUCUGAUGACGAAUCUGAUUGAGACAUUAGUCAAUCGUUAAUUAAGAUUUUAAUGAUGUGAAUUGUAAGGUCUUAUGUAAAAAUUAUAAGAAAAUUCAGAAACUUUCAGAGAU